AUGAGCCAAUUCUCUAGCGAGAUCAUUCGCCGCGCUAUCUACAAAACUAGUAAUCCGAAUGCAGAUAGCCUCUCACUCAGGAAGGCUUUGACAACGGUUUUGCUGAUUGGGGUCACGUACUGCAUUAUCGUCGGCAUAUACAGGGUCUCACUCCAUCCGCUCGCAAAGUAUCCCGGGCCAAAACUGGCAGCGGUGACACGCCUGUGGCAUUCUUACCAUCUAUGUACCGGAGACAUCGUUGUAGCCCUUUCGUGGGCACACGAGACAUAUGGACCAGUGUUACGGAUUGCUCCAGACGAGGGCUCCACUGCUCCUCAUUCAAUCGUCACGGUAGAUGGCGAGCUGCAUCACGUUUACCGCCGUCUGCUUGCCAAGGGUUUCUCGAAUGCUGCAUUGAGGGAGCAGGAGCCAGUGAUUCAACGCAACAUCAAUCUACUGAUAGAGAAGCUGCAUGAGGAAGUAGCAGCAGGAAGGACACCGGAAAUGACGGCUUGGUUCAACUAUGCGACAUUCGACUUGAUCGGCGAGCUUGCAUUCGGCGAGACCUACGGCUGCCUGGAGAACUCGCAGUACCAUCCCUGGGUGGAAAUAAUUCUCAAGGUAAUGAAACUCCGUGCCAUGACGCAUGCUGUGGGGUACUAUCCGUGGAUCUUCCAUAUCUUGAUGUUGUUCGUGCUCAAGUCCUUACGCGAUAAAUUUGUCACCCACCGGACGUACACCCAUGACAAGGUGCAGCAUCCACAGAACGGGCUCGAGCGUUACGAGAUCGACGGGAAUUGCUCAACCCUCAUCAUCGCCGGGAGCGAAACGACAGCAACCGCUUUGAGCGCCACGCUAUACUUCCUGACCCAGAACGAAAAUGCCAAGCGCAAAGUGAUCGGCGAAAUCCGAAGCACCUUUCACAACGUUGGAGACAUUAACUCGAUCAGCGUGAAUCAACUGAAGUAUCUGAACGCGUGCAUGAACGAGGCGCUCCGGAUCUUCCCUCUUGGUCCCGCCGUCUUUCCGCGCCGAGUCCCUCCGGGGGUGGGCAUCGCGCACUACUGCAUCAAUCGUUGCAGCCGAAACUUUGUCGAUCCGGACAAAUUCAUCCCUGAACGAUGGCUCGGCGAUCCCGUGUACCAGAACGACGACCGCCACGCCAUGCAGGCGUUCAGCUAUGGUCCUCGCAACUGCAUUGCCCAUAAUCUCGCCCGGUUGGAAAUACGUCUGGUCCUGGCUCGGUUGAUCUGGGAAUUUGAUUGGGAGCUAGCUCCUGGAUCGGAGCAGUGGGAAGAGGCGUUGGUCUUCAACGUCUGGAGUACAAAGCUGUUGAACAUCAAAUUUACCCCAGUAUUACGCUGACGUUUAAGAGAAUGUGGAUGAUAGGGAAGGCAACCUGACAGUUUGAGGAGAUAGUCUUUGCAUCACGAGUAUCAUUGUUUGUAUCCGCUUUGCGUGGUUUGGCCCGUAUUAGAAUUUCAUAGCUGUUGGUAACACUGUGUACUUGAUGUUUAUGCUCUACAAAGGGUC